CUGAACUUGAGAAAUGUCAGAAAAUUUAGCUAACUCAAAUCGGAUUAUAGAGACAAUCUUGCUCAGAUCUAUUAUUAAUAGGAAUGAAGGAGGGCCAGGGGAGAGAAGAAGGAUUUCAGGGUUGAUGGCGAGUAGGCCGGAUAUAGUCAGGCUUUUGAGGAGGUAUAUUAGGUUUGAUAGUGGAUCUGAGGCUGAGGAAAGUCUUUCUGUGGAGGAAUAAAACUAUAUGGGCCUCAUUACAGGAAGAUAAGAGAGCUUGUACUGAAAGUUAUAGCUCAGAAUGAUGAUGGAGUCAGUGAUAUGUAUUAUACUCCCAAGGAAAUUAUGAGAUGCUUCCUGUCUUAUUACUUUAAGCUUGCUCGUAAGAGCAACUAUUCACUAGAAAAAUAUAAAGAAUUUGUAUGCCAGAACAGCUUGCCAUCACUCAAAGGGGUGGUUGGAAGACUCAAAAAGCAAAGUGACCUAAAAACUCAAGAAAUUUCUCUAUGAAUCUGACUUCUUAAAAUUCAUGAGCUUAGAUUCAGACUAAAAUACUCAACACUUUGCCAUGAGACUCUAAUAAAAUUCUGUAAGAUUAAGAGGAAAAUAUUCUCGAAAAUGACUGAUGCGAUUUAUUCAUCAAUUCGGGAGACUAUUGACAGCUAUGAUUUUGACUUUGACGGUUUGUGAAAAGAGAUGGACAUUCCAUUUCAUCACUCUCUUAGAAGACAGAGGGAAUCAAUUCAGGAACAAAUAGAUAUCUUGAAGCUACUCAGGAAGGAAUGAAACAACCUAAACCUUUAUUUAAGUUAGAUUAUCGGCUAGAGUUCUACCAUGAGUUCUCAAUA